UUUUGCUGCUUUAUGAACUAGCCCGGACGGCUGCGCUUCUCUUGCUUUGCGAGCGGAGGGAUGGAUGGAGGGGUUGCUCCGGAGUAGGUGCAAACUCAGGCAGAGAGGAUCCUAAAUGGCUCCAGUAGGAAAGGAAAACCAGCCAGUGCCUUUGCCCCUUCCGAGGACUCCUGCCGAACCAGGUCUGAAGGAGGGCACUUUGCUGGCUGCAGGUGUCUUGAGCAGCAGUAAGAUCCCAGUGCUUUCCAGAAGCAGACACCGUCCAAAGUUGAAGGAGUCCCAGCCGCAGGCAUGUUCUUCCAAAGCAAGGAGCAAAACAAUCAGAACUUGCAAGAUAUCUCAUUCCAAUCCAGUUGUGGAAUUGGCAGCUGGGUUAUCACCCAAGAGUCUUACCAGAGAACCCUUGACAGAGACGCAGUUAACCACCUCUGGUUGUAGGAAUGAAGAAGCGAAUGCAGCCGAGUUUGUGCCUGACCCAGAAGCUCUUGCCAGCAUACUGUCCAACACAGGGCUGACUAACCAGAUGGUGAGUGCAGCUAACAAACCCAGCCUGGCCCAGCGAGUUCCUCUGAAAGGGAAGAGAGCGUGCUUAACCAGCAUUGGGAGUACCCAGAGCUCCCUGUGUACAAAGGCUCCUACGAUGAACCCUUUUCGCAUGUCCCACAUCUCGAUGUCAGCUUCGAAAGAUACAGAUCAUCCACGGUCCUGGAGCCUUGCCUUGAAUACGCAACAACUUAAAACACUGUCAGCUACACUCAAGAAUCGGAAGCCGGGGGCGGAGAUGGCAAAGGCCGGCCAGCCCACAGAGACCGUGGAUGGUGACCAGCAUAACAGUUUGGCGUCCAGUCUGGAGGCAGAAAGUCUGAGCAAUGUAGCUGGGGGCAGCCAGGCAACGCAAAGCAGCUCAGUUGGGAAGAAGGAAGCCACAAGAACCUCUUGGAAAGAGGAAGAGUUCAUACCAGACCCAGCAAUGAAAGCGAGCAUCCUUUUGAACAUAGGCUUGAGCCACCCCACCCUUGGGGCCACUCGCAAAGUGAGCCUGGCCCAGCGGGUACCGCUGAAAGAUGCUGGAAAGCCAUCAGUUGUUUGUGACAACUUGCAGGGUGAAGGGGCUUCUCUGUCCCAGCCCCGCAUGAGCGUUCUGUCAGCAGGGAAGUUUGGCCGUGUGUCCUGUCGUUCUACUCAGGGCCUUAAAGGUCUAGAGAAGUUGGAAGCUUCUGGAGCCCAACAAACCAACACCCCCCAUGGGAGAUGUUCCACUGUUGAAUGUUCACCUUAUGGACUAGCCAGAAGAAUUCCUAUUACCAAUUCACAAUCCUUGCAUCGCACGCCUUGGACAUGCAACCGUAUACCUGUUACCUCCAGCACUAAGGACAACAGGGUCAAGUGGUUAGACAGAGUCACCAGACAGAUGGGUGCUAUUGGCUCCAAGGAGGAGGGCACCAGUGUGCCCUGGGAGAAAAUAGCUGUGCGCCUUUUUGAUGACGAAAUGGCAGGAUCGGUGAAGAAAGUGCCAGCUGUUCCUGUGAUGAGCACAGGAAUGGGAAAGCUUCAGAGUAUUGAACUCCUUGCCCAGCUCUUGCAGCAGAAGAUGGAUGGUCACGUUGAUUAUGAGGAGGCCCCUUCACUACAGGAAUUGCACAAGCUCUUGACAGCUCACUGCUCAUCAACCCCAGAGGCUUCCAAGCCUACCCUACCUUCCGCACCUCCACAGGAUCCUGGGCCAAGCAUGGGUGAGCGGGCCCCAGAUUUGACUGGGGCUGCUACCUCUGCACUUAGCUCCCCACACACCAUCUCCAGCCAGCAGCGUUUCUGCCACAGCCCCUCCCUGCAAGUAGUCAGCGGCCCCUCAUCCAGUGCAAGAAGUACAGGUCUUGCAAAGCAACGGUUGGAUCACCUCCUCACUGCUCCCCUUCGUUUCCAUGAAGCCUGUCUAAAUGAUGAAUGCGCCUUCUACACUUCUCCCCUUGCCUCCCUGACUCAGCCCUCAGUGGAUCGGUGCCAAGAUCCUGUGGCAAAAAUGCUAAAUGCUCAAGAUACCAUGCACUUUAUACCCAUCUCUGCAUCUGCACGUCUUUCCCCACCUUCAGAAGCAGAAAGGACUCCAUUCUCCUGAAAAAUGGGGCCAUGCCACUAUUUUGUAGGGUGGUCAACAUGGACAGAAGUGCCCUGUUCUCAAUACAGUAUCAUAGAUCCAUCUGCAUAUGUGGAUGCCCUGUUACCCCAAAUGCAUCAGUCUGGGAUGCUGGCUGGGAGGAAGCUGAAAUCUCAUGUAACACCCCUCCCCCCCCUCCCCCCCACAUCCUCCCAGUGCUGCAAAAAGGGAAGGAAGAAAAAGGUGCAAAAGCUGCAACUCUUUUUAAACUGCAAGGAGCUGCAAGAUGUUGCUGCAACAGAUGAUACACUAAUGUUAUAUUAAUUGUAUGUAAACAGUUUUUUUUAAUAAACUAACUGUAAAAGAAUUGCCCUGAUUUUAAAAAAAAAAUGGGGGUAAGGGGAGAAAGCAGGGAAUUUGUUUCAAGUUCAGAAGACUUUUUAA